CACUUUGACUUCUUCACAAGUCACUACCCCUUGUUUGCCUGAUUGAUUCUCUCUGCCUGCCUCUCCUCAGAUUGACUAUGGCUGAAGCCCAUCUGUUUGAAUUACAGGAUGAGAUCACCUGCUCGCUUUGUCAGGACAUCCUUAGUGACCCUGUCUUGAUCCCCUGUGGUCACAAUUUCUGUCUGAAGUGCCUCACGGACUGCUGGGAUCAGAGCCAAGUGUGCAGCUGUCCUCAGUGCAGACACACCUUUACCACAAGGCCUGAGCUAAAUAGAAACCCUCUGCUGAAUGAGGUGAUCCAGAAAUUAAAGAAGAUGGGACUUAGUCAUCCUCAGUCUCAGAACUACGCCGGCCCUGGAGAUGUGGAGUGUGACUUCUGUACUGGGAAGAAGCUCAGAGCGGUGAAGUCCUGUCUGACUUGCAUGAUCUCCUUCUGUCAGACUCAUCUGCAGCCUCAUUAUGAAGUAGCUGUUUGGAAGGACCACAAGCUGACUGAUCCUGAUGGAAAUCUGAAGGAGAAAUUCUGUGCAAAACAUCAGAAAGUUCUGGAAAUAUUUUGUAAAACUGAUGGUAUGUGUAUCUGUCUGGUCUGUGGGGAGAAUGAACAUGAAGGCCAUGAAAAGAUGGAGCUGGCGAGGGAAAGAAAAGAAAAAGAGAAACAGCUGGGGGCGACGCUGAGUGAAAUCAAGAAGAGACUUGAGGAGAGAGAGAAGACAUUGGAGGAGACGAGGAGGGCGAUGGAACAGAUGAAAGUCUCUGUAGGAAGAGAAUUAGAGGAAAAUGAGAAGAGCUUCACUGAUCUGAUUCACUGCAUUGAAGAGGCCUACAGGAAAGUGACUGAGAGGAUCAGAGAACAAGAGAAGAGAGAAAUGGAGAACGCUGAAGGAGUCAUGGAGCGACUAGACAAAGAGAUCGAGGAGCUGAAGAGGAGAGAUGCUGAGCUGAUGGAGCUUUUAGAAACAAAGGACCACAUCCAUUUCCUACAGAAUUUCUCAUCUCGCUGUGUUCUUCCUGAUGAAGGAGACACGCUCAGCUUCACUGUCACUGCUGAUUUCUCUUGUGAGGAACUGAGAAAGGAGCUGGCAUGUCUGAAGAAGAGUCUGGAGAAGAUCAGCCGGUGGAACAUCAAGACAUUGACAUCAGGUCGUGAAGCUCCAGCUUACCCCCUUCAGUAUCCUGAGCCUUACAGCAGAGAGGACUUUUUACAAUACUUCUGUCCACUCACACUGGACAUCAACACCGCAAAUGAAUGGCUCUCUCUGUCUGAAGGGGACAAGAAGGUGACACGUGACGGAACAAAACACAAAUACCCUGAUCAUCCUUACCGACUUGACAGCUUGCAACAGGUUCUGUGCAGAGAGGCUCUGACUGGGAGUCGCUUUUACUGGGAGGUGGAGUGGAGUGGAAGUCAGGUGGCGAUAGGAGUCGCAUAUAUAGGACUAAACAGGAAAGCCUGGGAACGAGAUAGCGGCCUUGGAAUCAACGACAAGUCCUGGAGUCUGAGGUGUUCUUAUUCCCAGUACAUUGUGUGUCACAAUAGCCAGAUGAAUGUGAUCCAGGCCCCCUGCGGCACUAGAAUAGGUGUGUAUCUGGACUGGCCUGCUGGCUCUCUGACGUUUUAUAGCGUCUCACACACAAUGACCAUCCUGCACAGGUUCAAUACCACCUUCACUGAGCCACUCUAUCCAGGGUUUGGGUUUUGGCUUAGUCCGAACUCCAGUGUCAAAAUCUGCCAUCUGACACCAGGUGACCAGUGACCCGUACCCUCUAUGGUCACGUGACGGCCCCACAAGCGCAGGUCCUCUUUGUGAUUGUAGUUUGGGGUCAAAAUGAAUUUUACAAGAUCAACAGGCCCUGUGGGCAGCACCUCUUUGACUAAAUUUGGGGAUUAGAAUUCAGAAGGAAGGAGUGCAUCUGUUUUGUUUUUUUUUAUUUAAAGAAAAUGGGGUGCAUAAUACAAAAUAUGUGGGUACUGCAUGAAUAUGAAUGUACCCCUAAGAACACAACAGUGAAAUCAGUUAUUUAGGCAGAGGACCGCUGCUCUCCAUUCUGUGUCCAAGUGUUCAUGUGCUGCCAUGUGUCUGUAUACCCGCGUGUGUCUUGUGUGCCAACCUGUGCAGACGGUCCUCUUGAGCCUGACCCUCCACAUUCGCCCUCCACCCCUACAUGUUCAGUAACUAAUAAAGAUGGACAUUAAAUGGUGAAUUUGGUACUCAAGGACACCACAUUAAGGGGACAGCAUGUACAACUGAUGUCAGGUGAGGUGUUUUCUUUUGGUUUCAUUGCUAUCUUAAAUGUGUUUAUUUUUUCUUUAACCUCCUUAGUGUUACAUUCUUUCUCAAAAAAAAAAAACGUAAAAAGAGUUGCAUCUUUUGGCUUGAAAAAAUGAUAUUUUUAUUAAAUCUCAUCUUCCUUGUAAAAUGUGGAAAACACUAAAAGUACAAAG